AUGGAUGACGAGCGGGGGAGAGCCAAACCCGAGCAAGACUCCAAGCCAUCCGAGUCAACAGAGUCAAAGAGUAUUGAGAAAGUGGAUCAGGGCAAGCUUGUGUUCGGCGUCGGAGCACUAUGCCUCAUUUGGGACAAGAUCCACGAGGAACUGGUCCCGAAAGGAGGCAAGAUGGGCAUGGGCCAAAUGGCGAUCUGCUGCGAACCGCGGCUGAAGAGCCCGUUUGGGCUUUAG